AUGGACGACCUCUCCUCUCUCUGUACAAUAUGCCACAUCGAACCGCCCAUCUACACCUGCCCCCGCUGCACCAUGCAGACAUGUUCCCUCGAGUGCUCCAAGCGGCACAAAGUCCGCUCAAUGUGCAACGGCAUCCGCGACCCCACCGUCUUCCUCCCCAUCUCAGAAGUCGCGACCCCAUGGGGUCUAGACCACGACUACAACUUCAUCCACGGGAUCGAGACACGGAUCCAGCGUAGCGAGAAAGUGCUCAUCGAGGACUUAGAACUCGUCAGUAAAGACGAACUGGAACGGGCGCGGAAAGGCGAGACAAUAGAAGAGUUCAACCGGCGGACGGGAAAGAGAAAUAAUCAUGAGCCACCUGGAGAGGCGUGUAUAGAGCGGCUGCUGAAUAAGGAGUGUAUACGGGUCAUCAAGGCGCCGAAGGGGAUGAGGAGGAAUAAGGAGAAUACGACAUGUUGGAAUAGGAAGCAGAGGAAUAUUGUCUGGCAGGUGGAAUGGAUAAGAGAGGACAACCGGAGGAGUUUAUACCGUGCGUUGGGCAACAAACCGAUAGGCGAUUUUUACGACGCUAUGUGUGAGGAGGAGCGGAAAUUGAAUCUCACGGAAGAGGAACGGAGAGAGGAGAAACGAGUAGAGAAAAAGAGGAGAGCAGAUGAUCACCGGGAACAACUUGCGAAAAAGGCUAAGAUUGAAAGUGAGGCUUUUGAUCUCACGACUGUCCCUCUGCUACAAGAUCCUGGGACAGGAGCUUGGAAUGUGAUUCCUCUCUACACAAUUCUCGACGAUAUCACCAUGGCCGAAGCUCCUUCAAUACCACCUCCCAAGACCUGGAAUCUCAACUUCUAUCUCCAUCGACCUCUCACGCCCGCCUCCUUCCCAAAAGUCCUCGUACCAAUAUCACCCACCAAAACUCUCAUAGAGCAGCUCCACAAAAGAGAUGUCUUAGAAUUCCCCACUAUCCACGUCUUACCCAGUACCACGGAGAGUCUACCCGAUGGAUAUAUGCUAGAAGAUGAAUUCUUGAGGAAGAUUGGGAAUAAAUCGAAGGGUGAGACGGAUACAGAGAUGAGCGAUUCGGAUGAUACGUCGAGUGAUGAUUCGAGUAGUAGUGAGGAUAGCGAUAGUGAUGAGUCUGUUGAGGAUGGUGAGAUUGUAUAA